UGCUUGGUUGGCGUUUGCUUUGUUUUGAAACAGAAGAGGAGUAGCUUCUACUUUGUUUGUACUACUCUACACACCAGUCUCUUUUUCUACCCAUUAAGAUUACCUGCCCUUAUAUAUAUAAAUAAAUUUACUUUCUGCUGUGUUCCUCUCUACCAUUGAGCAAACAAAAAGAAUCUUGGAGAUCGGGAGGUCAUCGUCGUCAUUUGUUGGCUGAAGAUUAACAUAACGACCUCGGGCACCCAGGAACAGGGCAUUACUCAGCAAUAUGGAGAGAAGCACUCCGGUGAGGAAGCCACACACUUCAACCGCAGAUCUGCUUACUUGGUCGGAAACUCCUAUUUCUGAUUCCCCACCUCCUCCUUCCUCCGCCUCUCGUUCUCACCAGCCGUCCGAUGGGAUCAGGAAGGUCGUAUUUGGGGGUCAGGUCACCGACGAAGAAGUCGAGAGCUUAAACAAACGAAAGCCUUGUUCGGAGUAUAAGAUGAAGGAGAUAACUGGUAGUGGAAUAUUUGUAGCCAAUGGAGAAGACGAUCCCUCAGAAGCUGGCAGUACGAACCCAAAUAAGACUGGAGUACGUAUGUAUCAGCAAGUGACUGCUGGAAUCAGCCAUAUCUCCUUUGGUGAUGAGGAGAGUAUUUCUCCAAAAAAACCAACUUCCUUGCCCGAGGUGGCCAAGCAGCGUGAGCUAAGUGGAACUUUGGAAAGUGAAGACUCUAUAUUGAAAAAGCAACUUUCUGAUGCGAAGUGCAAGGAGCUCAGCGGUCAUGACAUAUUUGCUCCACCACCAGAAAUCAAACCCAGUCCAAUAACUCCUCGCAUACUUGAGUUAAAAGGGAGCAUAGGCAUUGGAGAACGUCAUGCCGAUGGAGAUCAAAGCGAAACCAACGCUGCUGGGGAACCAAUGAAAACAGCAAAGAAGAUCUAUGACAAGAAAUAUGUAGAACUUUCUGGGAAUGACAUAUUCAAAGGUGAUGUGGCACCCUCAUCUGCUGAGAAAUCAUUGAGUGGGGCUAAACUACGAGAGAUGAGUGGCAGCAACAUCUUUGCUGAUGGAAAGGUAGAAGCAAGAGACUACCUAGGUGGCGUACGGAAGCCACCCGGUGGUGAGAGCAGCAUUGCCCUGGUAUAAUUUAUUAGGUCUAACUUAUCUUCAUACUGUCUUGUUUUGUUUUAAUUAAUUUUUAGUGGGGAUGUGUUAUUAUAUUAUUUGACCUUGUAUUCUGGGUUUUGGGAAUUGGUGUUUUAGGUUUCUUGAUGUCUUGACCAAAAGAACCAUAUGCUAAUUGGUUGUAUGUCCAUAAUCCUAUGCUUCCCUGUGUUUGCUUUUAAUGAAGUGAUUUGAACUGUUUAA